AUUUUAGAUACUUAUUUAAUUCCCUCAUGGUUAUUUAUAAAUCCACCUUUCCUGAAGUUUCUCUUCCUAAUAUCGAUAUCUUUUCGUUUGUUUUCAAUAACAAUGAAUACAACCAAAACAAAGACUUGAAUUCACCAUUAUUUAUUGAUGGAGAAUCAGGGAAGAGCCUUAGUUGGAACCAGGUUAAAGAGCAAUCCGCUUUACUGGCUAGAGGCUGGAAGGAGAACGUAGGCUUAAAGCAAGACGAUACUGUCGCUGUAUUUGCUCCAAAUCAAUAUGAUCAUGCUGUCCUUUACUUUUCUUUACUCGCAACCAAGUGCACAAUCACCCCAGGAAACCCCGCUUAUACAGAACCUGAAUUUGAGCACCAAAUUCGGAAUUCAAAGGCAACAGCACUUGUAACCAUUCCCGCUCUGCUCCCUAUACUUCUCAAGGUCUGCGAUAAAGUAGGUCUUCCUCGAAGCAGAGUGUUUUUAUUUGGCGAUAAAGAGGUUCAAGAGUGCCGUCCAUUCAAAUCGAUUGCUGGAACAAAGCCCAUCGAGACACCCAUUCAAGGUGUUGACCCUAACAAUGAUGUUGCAUUCAUAUGUUAUUCAAGUGGAACAACAGGUCUUGCAAAAGGUGUCAUGUUGACGCACAAGAACUUUAUUUCACAAACCCUCCUUUACAUUGCUAGUGAUGGAACCGAAAUACAAAACGACUGUGUUCUUGGCUUUUUACCCUUUUAUCAUAUCUAUGGCUUGAACAGCUUGAUCAUCACAACCUCUUACAAGCUCAUUCCUACUGUGGUCAUGCCUCGGUACGAUAUUGAACUCAUGUGUCAAUUGAUUCAAAAGUAUAAGGUAAAGACUGCGGUUAUUGUUCCUCCUGUGGCUAUUCAUCUUGCCAAAGCUCCUGUUGUUAGCAAGUACGACUUGAGUUCUAUUGAGCGCUUGGGUUGUGGUGCUGCGCCAUUAGGUAAAGAGCAUAUUGACGCUUUAAAGAAGCGUAUCCCUGUUGUAGUGAAACAAGGAUAUGGUAUGACCGAAACAACUUCUGGUGUUAUCCUUCAAACUACAGAGCAUUGCUCACCAGGAUCUAUUGGUAUCCUGGCCCCAAAUAUUGAAUGUAAGAUUGUUGAUGAAAAUGGCAAAGAGCUUGGCGAUGACCAAGAAGGCGAACUUUUAUUCCGUGGUCCUUCCAUCAUGAAGGGUUAUCUGGAUAACCCAAAGGCAAACGCAGAAACCUUCACUGCAGAUGGUUGGAUGCGUACAGGUGACAUUGGUAAAUUCGAUUCAAAGACUCAGGAGUUCUAUAUUGUGGAUCGUAUUAAGGAGCUGAUCAAGUACAAGGGAUACCAAGUCGCUCCUGCAGAACUAGAGGCUGUUAUCAUGGGUAUGGACAUCGUAGCUGACUGCUGUGUGGUUGGUGUCUACGAUGAUAGCCAGGCAACUGAACUUCCUCGUGCUUAUGUCGUCCUUCAGCCUGGCGUUGAACGUAACGAAAAGACGGGAGCCUUGAUCGAGGCGUUCGUUGCAAAGAGCGUUACUGGCCAUAAGAAGUUGCGUGGAGGUGUUCGAUUUAUUGAUGCUGUUCCAAAGAGUCCUAGUGGAAAAAUCCUUAGACGACAAGUGAGAGAAUGGGUCAAGAAAGAACAGCAAGAAACUAUGGCAAAAGCUCGUUUGUAAAAAUAAAAAAGACAUUACACUUUAUUCACAAAUUGUUUGCACACUGAUAAAAAAAAGAAGAUAAUUUCAGACAACAAAUAA